UUCAAUGUAGCCACCCAUUUCUCCCCUCCAUUUCUUCAUCCCAAAACCAAGGACCUCCUUCCAAAGCCGAAGACACAUUCACUCAACCCUUUUGACCGAAAAAUCUUUUGUUUUUCUCUCAAGGGUCUACAGCUCUCUAAUCUUCCCUGUUGUGAAUUCAUAGUUGGUCUGCAAAAUUUCAACUACCCCAUUUGCAAGUUUUUAUUUUUAUUUUUUGGUUUUGGCCCAUGAAUGUUCGUGGUCUUGUUUCAUUUGAAAGUUGGAUAAAAACUCAGGACCAUGAAAUAUUAAGGCAGCUUACCAGUGAUGACGCCAUGGUUAAUCCACAGAAUGCAAUUAUAGUUAGUUUUUUUAUGUUUUUCCUAGGAUUUGUGAUUUCUAGAGCUUCAGCUGAUCAUUAUGAGAGAAGUUAGACCCCAUGCUUUGUUUUUUCUUCUUGUUGUUUUAAGUUUGUUUCCUUUUGCACGUUCUGUGGAUGGGGAUGAUUACAGUCAAACGAAAAACCCUGCCUAUCUUCCCCUUGUAACGGACCUUAUCUAUAGAAGGCUUUCGAAUCUUACUGUUACAUUAAGCAAUGAUAUCAGUUGUAAUUUGGGCUUCUGCAUAAAGAAUGCGAAAGCUGACUGGAAUGGAGCAUUUAAUUUUUCGAGAAAUUUGAAUUUCUUGACUAAUUGUGUCAAGAAGACAAAAGGAGAUCUCACCCAUCGACUAUGUACAGCAGCAGAAAUAAAAUUUUACUUCAGUAGUUUAUUUGCAAAGGGGACUGAAACUAUCAAUUAUGUAAAACCUAACAAGAACUGCAAUUUGACAACUUGGGUCUCUGGAUGUGAACCGGGAUGGGGUUGCUAUGCUGACCAAAACCAGCAUUUUGAGCUCAAAAAUUCAACUUACAUGCCAACCAGGACUCAAAACUGUCAACCAUGUUGUGAAGGAUUCUUUUGCCCUAGGGGUCUUGCUUGCAUGAUAGCAUGCCCUUUAGGUUCUUAUUGUCCACUUGCAAAGCUGAAUACAUCAUCUGGAGUUUGUGACCCAUAUAAUUACCAAAUUCCUCCUGGGCAGCCGAAUCACAGUUGCGGUGGUGCGGAUAUGUGGGCUGAUGUUGCAAGUAGUAGUGAGAUUUUCUGUUCACCAGGAUCAUACUGCCCUUCUACCAUAAAUAGAGUUACUUGCAGUAGUGGACAUUACUGCAGAAUGGGUUCCACUUCCCAACUGCCUUGCUUCAAGUUAACUACCUGCAAUCCAAAUACUUCGAACCAGGAUAUUCAUGGUUAUGGAAUCAUGCUUUUUGUUGGAAUGAGUCUUCUGCUGCUCAUUAUUUAUAAUUGCUCUGAUCAAGUAAUUAGUACUCGGGAAAGAAGACAGGCUAAAUCCAGAGAAGCAGCUGCAAGACAUGCACGGGAAACUGCACAAGCACGUGAAAGGUGGAAAGCGGCAAAAAAUAUUGCCAAGAAGGGGGGUUGGCAGCAACAGCUUUCACGGACAUUUUCUCGGGCAAAAUCGACUAGGCGACAGGAACAGCAGAAGAAUUUUGGUCUAGGUAAAUCUGUUAAAAUUGAUACUCAGUCACCACCUGUGCCACCUAGGGUAUCAGGGCAAUCAUCUACAGAUUCAAAAGCAAAGAAAAAGGAACCAAGCAGCCUCACAAAGAUGUUGCAUUCCCUUGAAGAGGACCCCAAAAGUCAUGAAGGUUUUAAUCUGAAUAUCAGAGACAAAAAUAUAAAAAAACAAGCACCAAGGGGUAAACAAUUGCAUACUCAAAGUCAAAUUUUUAAGUAUGCAUAUGGUCAAAUUGAGAAGGAGAAAGCACAACAGAACAAGAACUUGACCUUCUCAGGAAUAAUUUCAAUGGCUACUGAUAAUGAUAUCAGGACUAGGCCUGUGAUUGAGAUUUCUUUUAAGGAUUUAACCCUCACUUUGAAGGGGAAACAGAAACAUUUGCUCAAGUGUGUCACUGGGAAACUCAUGCCUGGUCGAGUAUCUGCAGUUAUGGGCCCAUCAGGAGCUGGGAAAACUACGUUUCUCUCUGCCUUGACAGGAAAAGCCACUGGAUGCAAUGUGACAGGUUUAAUUCUUAUAAAUGGAAAAAAUGAACCUAUCCAAUCAUAUAAGAAAAUUAUUGGAUUUGUGCCACAAGAUGAUAUAGUGCAUGGAAACUUGACAGUAGAGGAGAAUCUCCGGUUCAGUGCGAGGUGCAGGCUAUCUGCUGACAUGGCAAAACCCGAUAAAGUGUUGGUUAUUGAAAGGGUUAUUGAGUCCUUGGGACUACAGGCAGUUAGGGAUUCAGUUGUUGGGACAGUGGAGAAGCGAGGGAUCUCUGGAGGCCAGAGAAAACGUGUAAAUGUUGGACUAGAGAUGGUUAUGGAACCUUCUCUAUUGAUCUUGGAUGAGCCUACUACUGGUUUAGACAGUUCAUCUUCACAGUUGCUUCUUCGAGCACUUCGACGUGAAGCUCUUGAAGGGGUAAAUAUCUGCAUGGUACUUCACCAACCAAGCUAUGCCUUGUUCAAGAUGUUUGAUGAUUUAAUUCUUCUAGCGAAAGGUGGUCUCACUGCAUAUCAUGGAUCAGUGAAGAAAGUUGAAGAAUACUUUGCUGGCAUGGGGAUCAAUGUGCCAGAUCGUGUCAAUCCUCCGGACCACUUCAUUGACAUUCUGGAAGGUAUUGUGAAGCCAACGGGAGUGACUCGUGAACAGCUUCCUAUCAGAUGGAUGCUACACAAUGGCUACCCAAUACCCUCAGACAUGCUUCAGUUGGCUGAUGGACUUACAACACCCUCCGCUGGCUCAAAUCCAAGUACUUCUGGUGCUGCAGCUGUUGGACAAUCAUUUGCUGGAGAACUGUGGGAGGAUGUAAAGUUUAAUGUUGAAGUAAAGCGAGACCAGAUACAGAAUGACUACUCGAAAUCUAAGGACUUAUCAAACCGGAGAACGCCGGGUAUAGCUCGCCAGUAUAGAUACUUCCUGGGGAGGGUUGCUAAACAGCGACUACGAGAAGCUCAGAUGCAAGCAGUUGAUUUAAUGAUUCUACUACUUGCUGGAGCCUGCUUAGGGACUCUUGCUAAAGUGAACGAUGAAACAUUCGGGUCCCUUGGCUACACAUAUACAGUCGUUGCUAUUUCACUAUUAUGCAAGAUCGCAGCAUUGAGAUCAUUUUCUCUGGAUAAAUUACAAUAUCAAAGGGAGAGCGCAUCUGGGAUCAGCAGUCUAGCUUAUUUUCUAUCCAAAGAUACAGUUGAUCAUUUUAAUACAAUCUUCAAACCAGUGGCGUAUUUAUCCAUGUUCUAUUUCUUCAGCAAUCCUAGAUCAACCUUUCAAGAUAACUACAUUGUCUUGCUCUGCCUUGUUUACUGUGUCACGGGCAUGGCGUAUAUAUUGGCCAUUUUGCUUGCACCUAGUCUUGCCCAACUGUGGGCAGUGCUUCUUCCUGUUGUUUUGACUCUAACUGCGAACCAGGAUAAAGACAGUGCUAUUGUGAAAUAUUUUGGGAAUUUUUGCUACACAAAGUGGGCUCUAGAAGCUUUUGUCAUCGCAAAUGCUGAAAGGUACUCUGGAGUGUGGCUAAUAACUCGUUGUGGUUCAUUGAAUCAAAGUGGCUAUGAUCUUCAUGACUGGAAUCUUUGUCUAAUCAUCCUUGUUAUCAAUGGCAUUGUCGCUCGCAUCUUAGCUUUUUUCAUGCUGGUUACCUUCAGGAAGAAAUGAGUUAGGAGAAGUAAUCUUUUUUUCUUAGAUUUUCUUUUGGUGUACAAAUCUGUAAAGUCCAUACAUUUUGUAUCAAAACAAACUCAACAUUGAAUUAUACCACCACUAAGAAAGUGAUACAAAAUUCCCUCUAAACAACAUGGGAAUUGAUGGCUAGCAGUCAAGGCUCAAUCAUCUUUGUGGAUCAGUUGUAAACAUGUAAUGUCCAUUUCUUAGGCUUUUGUGGUCAUCUGAAUUGUGUAUGUGGUAUGACUAUUGGUAGGUAAGUUAGAAAACUCACACAUUACUACAUCAUGCUGCCUGUAAAAUCAAACAGAAAAGAGAAGAAAGGAGAGAAUUUCUUCACUAGUUCCCUCA